AUGCAAUCCUUGAUCAGCAGUCUAGCAGGACUCGCAGCGACAAUCUCACUGGAUCGUCAUGUUCAUGUUGACUUCAAAGAAGCGAUUCUUAAUGCUCACGUUGCGGGCGACGGCUUCAUCGAUAAGUCGGUUGAAUCAGAAGAUGAGGACAUGGAUGACGCCGAGCAGACGGAUUCUGAACCUUCUUUGUUUGUAGGUGACGGCGAAACCGGCGGUGCUGCUAUAGAUGGUGACUCUGGUGGUGAAGACGUGGAGAUCGAGGAUCCCGAAGAUACUGAUAUCACAGAGUGUGAUGAGAUCAUGCAAUGGUUGAAGGGUCUUGGGGACCACAUUAACGGCCUUCAUCAGACACCCACUGCCGGCAGGCCAACACCAUGCCCGCAUCUCGCUAUUGAACCAAAAGCCUAUCAGUACGCUGCCCUUGCGAAGAUCGAGUACAAUUCCCAAAGCCCUCUUCAGGGCCUUCUGCUUGGGGAUCCUCCUGGACUCGGCAAAACUCUACCAGCGAUGAUGGCUGUUGUUAAGGCAAUGUCAACUGCUAAGCGCUUCUCGAUCGUAGUUGUUCCCGCCAGUUGCGUAGCUCAAUGGUCAGGAGAGUUUGCCAAGUUCUUCCAACCGGACACCGUCCGAGUGCUCGUCCUUCGUGACCCUAAUAUCUCCCCGCUCGAACUUACAAAGUAUGACGUGGUACUCGUAUCUUACGCAUUCGUGAUGAGUCAAUACCGAAAGCUCUGCGACUAUUAUCACGCAGUCAACAAAUACAAGAGCAAUGGCGGUGGCGGUGGUAAAGACUUGGAGCGCCCAAGCUUAUCCAUCUUUUCUGAUAUAUUCUCUGACCAAGAAGGAGUGAAGAGUCCUUAUCUUGUCCUCGACGAGGCUACUGCAGUCAAGAAUUCGGAAUCCAUGACAUUUGCAGCCAUAAACGAGCUGCGAGGCAUGGCUCACGCAUGUCUCAUGCUAAGUGGGAGUCCCAUGGACAAUACGUGGAUGGACUCUUAUUCAUAUGCCCAGUUGCUAAAAGGGCACGACAUCAGAAGCAAAUCUGUGAUGCGAGCGCUCUUCGCCAGUAAAGCCGCAAAUGGGAGACUGACAGCCCCCAGAGGGGUAACCUUUCUGAGAUUCAUCCAGCUGCUAAACAGCUUCAUCGUUCGACGUCCAGAAGAUUCCAUCGAGCUUCCACCUCUUACCGAAGAGGUUUUCAAAUUCAGCCUUAACGUUGACGAAGAGAGUAUAUCAAACUACAACUACAAAAAACACCGCGGAAUCCAAGGCAUGAAUUCAAAGGACGCUGUCCGACUUGGUGGAAAGAAAGCUCUACAACCAUGGGGGUAUCUUACCCGGGCUCUACAACAUGCUAUGCACCCAGCCUUGGUGUUGAUUAUGCACCUAAUGAAACCUGCAACAAGGAACGAUCAAGCCGCUGCGGAUCAACUCUUUGAAAAGAAGGAGAUCGAGGAGUGGACAGCCUGGAGAGAAACAUUGACGCACGGUGAUAAAUGGAAAUCAUCACGAAUCAUAGCAUUGGUUGAUGUAUUCAACAAGCGUAGAGAUCUUGAGCCAGAUUGUGGUGUGCUCGUAUUUGAUGAAAGUGUUUACUUUUUGGACAUUGUCCAAAUCGCAUUUGAAAGCAUGUACGAUCCCAUCAGAUGUAUCCGGUACGACGGUCGUACAGAUCCUGAGCGACGUGCCGCUACUUUGGCAGACUUCGAGAAGGCUGAUGGUCCGAAAGUAAUGCUUAUAUCUAGAGGGGCUGGGGGUAUCGGGUUGAACAUUCCCGCAGCGAAUGUGGUGAUUAUUUGCGGGCCAUGGUGGAAAUGUGAGUGGGAGAGGCAAGCAAUCAAACGCUCCCAUCGACCUGGUCAAUGGAGACCAGUAUGGGUCUUUAGAUUGCUGGCUGAUAAUUGUAACGUGGAUAAGUACAAGGCAGGGCUUCGUGAUCGGAAGGAGAGGCACAAUUCCAGGAUCAACACCCAGAUCACGAGAAAAGAUGGGGUUAUGCCACAGGUUUGGGACGAUCUCGAUUGA